CCACUUGUCAUUGGGCUUCGGGUGGGAGUUGCGUGCCCCGCCAAACCAACCAACCAACCAGCAAGGUACUUGCCCACUUCACCGUCGAUCCAACACCGACCUCCUCGCCGGCCGCAGCGCCGCCGCCGCGCCAUGGACCCAGAGGCGGUGCGGCGGACACUCGAGCCCACCGCGUCCCCCGAGGACAUAUCGGGAUCCACCCCGUACGAUUCCUUCGUCAUCAGCGGCGUCCGCCUCGACGCCGCCGAGCACGGCCGCGUCCUCUUCUCCUUCGUGGUCACCCCCCGCCACGCCAACUCCCAGGGGUACCUCCUCAGCGGCGUCACGGCAACGCUCGCCGACCAGCUGGGGUCUGCUGCGAUCUUCACUAGCGUGGUAGGCCUGAGCGAGGUAGGCUUGAGCGAGCUAGGCUUGAGCGGUCUAGGCUUGAGCGGGGUCUCACUCGAGAUCAGCGUGUCCUACCUCGACACGGCCACCGUCGGGGACGAAAUAGAGGUUGAGGUGAAGCUGCUGCGUGCUGGAAAAUCAGUCGGUGUUGUCUCUGUUGAUUUCAGGAAGAAAAAGACCGGCAAAUUGAUAGCUCAGGCCCGUCAUACAAAGUACCUUGCUGUAUCUAGCAAAUUGUGAGGAUUCACUUUAGUUGUAAGAUAACAACCUGGCUAUGUCCAACUCCGUAUACCCUUUAUCAAUAGGCAAUAACACCACGAUGUAGUGCUGCAUUGUUUAAGAAAGGCCAGUUAUACUUAUCUGAAAUUCUGCAAUACACACUGCUUUGUUCAUUUCA